UCGCAGGUGUAACAUAAACCAUGAAAUUCCUAGUUUUUGCGUGCGUACUGAUUGUGGCCGGCGCCACAGCUCUUCCACAAAAGACAAAUGAAAUUGAACCCAAAGAGCCACGUUUGAUCACAAACACAAUAAGAAAUAUCAUCAGACAAGUACAAAAGGCAAUUAGAGAAAAUGGAUUGGACCCGCUUAUCAUCGAUUCCUUUGAGUUUGAAUACAAUAUUCCUUUCCUCGUAGAUGUACGGUUAUUCCUGAAUAACUUAAGUUUUAUUGGAGCCAGUGACAUCGUGAUUAGACAAAUGGAUUACUCAGUGCUUCAGAACAGGUUACGCUUUAAUAUUGAGCUUCCACAUCUCGUGUUGGUCGUCGUGAACUCGGGAUUGAAAGCAAAUGUUUUCGGAGAGAGAUACAGCGGUGAUUUUAGAGGCAGUUUGGCAAUAGAUGGCGUCGGUCUCUCUGGUGAAGUCCGCGUCAAUGUUGGAAUCAUUUCUGGUAUUUCCAUUCGCAGUCUGAAUGUGAAAUUCCGCCUGGCCAGAAUCACAUCAAACGUUCACUUGACAGUUAUGGAAGAGGACCUAUCAGCCAAUUUCAACAAACUCUUCAACGAAGACAUUCCUUACCUGCUAAAAACUUUUGAGGAUUCAAUCAACCAGUUCAUCACUGACACAAUUCGGGCAAUUGUUGAUGAAGUUUUAAAACCCAGCUACUUCUCUGGGUUAUUUAAUGAAAUUGAAAGCUCUUAAUAUAUUUAAUGAUAUUUGCUAUCAAAUGGACUAUCUAAUAAGAGAGAAAUUGUAG